AUGUCUCUGCUUGACAAUAACUCUAAUGAGGAACUCAAGCCUAUUCUGGAAGCUCGUCAAUGGAAACUACUUCCAAGGGAUGGUACGGACGAUAAACGAUGGAUCUUUAUCAACAAUCACAAGGCCUUUGUAAAGUCAACCAAUAUCAAAGAGAAGGUUACAUUCGAUGCAAUGGCGAAGAGUGCAAAUGCCUUCAAGCCGUCUGUUGGUGGAUUCUUUAUACAAACACCCAUCAGUUUGCAUCCCGAUGUCUAA